UUUGUGAUGGAGAGGACGAUUGUGGAGAUGGAUUAGAUGAAAGUGAUAGCAUUUGCGGCACUGCCACCUGUGCAACUGACAUGUUCAGCUGUCAGGGCUCCCAUGCCUGUGUGCCACGGCACUGGCUUUGUGAUGGUGAAAGGGACUGUCCAAAUGGAAGUGAUGAGCUCUCCACAGCAGGCUGUGCUCCCAAUAAUACAUGUGAUGAAAAUGCUUUCAUGUGUCAUAAUAAAGUGUGCAUCCCCAAGCAGUUUGUUUGUGACCAUGAUGAUGACUGUGGAGAUGGCUCCGAUGAGUCACUGCAGUGCGCAUAUCGACAGUGUAAUGUGGAAGAAUUUAGUUGUGCUGAUGGACGAUGCCUCCUAAGUACUCAAUGGCAGUGUGAUGGAGACUUUGAUUGCCCUGACCAUUCUGAUGAAGCACCUUUAAACCCAAAGUGCAAAAGUGCAGAACAGUCAUGCAACAGUUCAUUUUUUAUGUGCAAAAAUGGCAGGUGCAUUCCCAGUGGAGGUCUUUGUGACAGUAAGGAUGACUGUGGCGAUGGCUCAGAUGAGAGAAACUGCCAUAUAAAUGAAUGUUUGAGUAAGAAAGUCAGUGGAUGUUCUCAAGAUUGUCAAGACCUUCCAGUCAGUUACAAGUGCAAAUGCUGGCCUGGAUUCCAACUGAAGGAUGAUGGUAAAACAUGUGUGGACGUUGACGAAUGCUCCUUGGGAUUUCCGUGUAGCCAGCAAUGCAUCAAUACAUAUGGGACCUACAAGUGCUUUUGUACAGAUGGGUAUGAAAUACAACCUGAUAACCCAAAUGGCUGCAAAUCACUCUCAGAUUUUGAGAGUGCUCAGAGAACCUUUCUAAUUCUUGCUGAUCAUCAUGAAAUAAGGAAAAUUAGCACUGAUGGAUCCAACUACACACUCUUAAAAAAGGGAUUAAACAAUGUUAUUGCUAUAGACUUUGAUUACAGAGAAGAAUUCAUCUAUUGGAUUGAUUCUAGCCGACCCAAUGGCAGCCGCAUAAAUAGAAUGUGUUUAAAUGGAAGUGAUAUUAAGGUAGUGCAUAACACAGCUGUUCCCAACGCACUUGCUGUCGAUUGGAUUGGAAAAAACCUCUAUUGGUCUGACACAGAAAAAAGGAUCAUUGAAGUAUCCAAGCUCAAUGGCUUGUACCCUACUAUACUCGUUAGCAAAAAGCUGAAGUUCCCCAGGGACCUGUCUUUAGAUCCUCGAGCUGGGUAUUUGUAUUGGAUUGAUUGCUGUGAGUAUCCUCACAUUGGCCGUGUUGGAAUGGAUGGAACCAAUCAGAGUGUUGUCAUAGAAACCAAGAUUUCUAGACCUAUGGCACUAACUAUAGAUUAUGUCAACCGUAGACUCUACUGGGCUGAUGAAAAUCAUAUUGAAUUUAGCAACAUGGAUGGAUCUCAUAGACACACAGUCCCUAAUCAAGAUAUUCCAGGGGUGAUUGCACUAACAUUGUUUGAAGACUACAUCUACUGGACUGAUGGGAAAAAGUCACUCAGCCGUGCCCAUAAAACCUCUGGAGCAGACAGACUCUCACUGAUUAACUCAUGGCAUGCCAUCACAGAUAUCCAGGUGUAUCAUUCUUAUAGACAACCUGAUGUCUCUAAACAUCUCUGCAUGAUUAAUAAUGGCGGUUGCAGUCAUCUGUGCCUCUUAGCCCCCGGAAAGACUCACACCUGUGCAUGUCCCACCAACUUCUAUCUUGCAGCUGACAACAGGACUUGCUUAUCCAACUGCACAGCCAGUCAGUUUCGUUGCAAAACUGAUAAAUGUAUUCCAUUCUGGUGGAAAUGUGACACUGUGGAUGACUGUGGCGACGGAUCUGACGAACCUGAUGACUGUCCUGAAUUUAAAUGUCAGCCAGGCAGAUUCCAGUGUGGAACUGGACUCUGUGCUCUUCCUGCUUUCAUCUGUGAUGGAGAGAAUGACUGUGGAGACAAUUCUGAUGACCUCAACUGUGACACACAUGUCUGCCUGUCAGGUCAGUUCAAGUACAAGAACCAAAAAUGUAUCCCGGUAAAUCUCAGAUGUAAUGGACAAGAUGACUGUGGGAUGAGGAAGAUGAAAGGGGACUGUCCCGAAAACAGCUGUUCUCCAGACUAUUUCCAAUAAACUACUAAACACUGCAUUUCCAAGCUGUGGGUUUGUGAUGAGGAUCCAGACUGUGCGGACGCAUCAGAUGAGGCCAACUGUGACAAAAAGACUUGUGGACCUCAUGAAUUCCAGUGUAAAAACAACAACUGUAUUCCAGAUCACUGGCGGUGUGAUAGCCAAAAUGACUGCAGUGAUAAUUCAGAUGAAGAAAACUGUAAGCCUCAGACCUGCACAUUGAAAGAUUUUCUCUGUGCCAAUGGGGACUGUGUUUCUUCGAGGUUCUGGUGUGAUGGAGAUUUUGACUGUGCAGAUGGCUCCGAUGAGAGAAAUUGUGAAACAAGUUGUUCCAAAGAUCAGUUCCAGUGUUCCAAUGGCCAGUGUAUAUCAGCAAAGUGGAAAUGUGAUGGCCAUGAAGACUGUAAAUAUGGAGAAGAUGAGAAAAACUGUGAGCCAGAUUCUCCUACGUGCUCAUCAAGUGAAUAUAUAUGUGCCAGCCGAGGAUGUAUUUCAGCAUCUUUGAAAUGUAAUGGAGAAUAUGAUUGUGCUGAUGGUUCAGAUGAGAUGGACUGUGUGACUGAGUGUAAGGAAGAUCAGUUUCGAUGCAGAAAUAAAGCCCACUGUAUUCCAAUUAGAUGGCUUUGUGAUGGCAUUCAUGACUGUGUGGAUGGCAGUGAUGAACAGAACUGUGACAGAGGAGGAAAUAUAUGUAGAGCAGAUGAGUUUCUCUGCAAUAAUUCCCUUUGCAAACUACAUUUCUGGGUGUGUGAUGGAGAAGACGACUGUGGAGACAACUCAGAUGAAGCCCCUGAUAUGUGUGCCAAGUUUCUUUGCCCACCCACAAGACCUUACAGAUGCAGAAAUAACAGAAUAUGCCUGCAGCCUGAGCAAAUGUGCAAUGGGAUUGAUGACUGUGGGGACAAUUCCGAUGAAGAUCACUGUGGUGGUAAGCUUACAUACAAAGCAAGACCAUGUAAAAAAGAUGAGUUUGCUUGCAAUAAUAAAAAAUGUAUCCCCAUGGACCUCCAGUGUGAUCAACUUGAUGACUGUGGAGAUGGUUCAGAUGAACAAGGCUGCAGAAUAACUCCUGCUGAAUAUACCUGUGAAGAUAAUGUGAAUCCGUGUGGAGAUGAUGCAUAUUGUAAUCAAAUAAAAACAUCUGUUUUUUGUCGCUGUAAGCCUGGAUUUCAGAGAAACAUGAAAAACAGACAGUGUGAAGACCUUAAUGAAUGUUUGGUGUUUGGCACAUGUUCCCACCAAUGUAUAAAUGUGGAAGGGUCAUAUAAAUGUGUGUGUGACCAGAAUUUUCAGGAAAGGAACAACACCUGCAUAGCAAAAGGCUCUGAAGAUCAAGUUCUCUACAUUGCUAAUGACACUGAUAUCCUGGGUUUUAUAUAUCCAUUCAACUACAGUGGCGAUCAUCAACAAAUUUCUCAUAUUGAACAUAAUUCAAGGAUAACAGGGAUGGAUGUAUAUUAUCAAAGAGAUAUGAUUAUUUGGAGUACUCAGUUUAAUCCAGGCGGGAUCUUCUACAAAAGGAUCCAUGGCAGAGAAAAAAGGCAAGCAAACAGUGGCUUGAUUUGUCCUGAAUUUAAAAGGCCCAGGGACAUAGCAGUUGACUGGGUUGCUGGAAAUAUUUAUUGGACUGAUCAUUCUAGAAUGCACUGGUUCAGUUACUAUACAACUCACUGGACUAGUCUGAGGUACUCUAUCAACGUAGGGCAGCUCAAUGGCCCCAACUGCACCAGACUCUUAACAAACAUGGCUGGAGAACCCUAUGCUAUUGCUGUAAAUCCUAAAAGAGGGAUGAUGUACUGGACUGUCGUUGGGGACCACUCCCACAUAGAAGAAGCAGCCAUGGAUGGCACUCUGAGAAGGAUUUUAGUACAAAAGAAUUUGCAAAGACCCACAGGUCUGGCUGUGGAUCAUUUUAGUGAACGAAUAUACUGGGCUGACCUUGAGCUUUCUGUUAUUGGCAGUGUUCUGUAUGAUGGCUCUGAUUCAGUAGUCUCUGUCAGCAGCAAACAAGGCUUGUUACAUCCACAUAGGAUUGAUAUCUUUGAAGAUUAUAUAUAUGGAGCAGGACCUAAAAAUGGUGUAUUUCGAGUACAAAAAUUUGGCCAUGGUUCAGUAGAGUACCUAGCUUUAGAUGUUGAUAAAACGAAAGGUGUUUUGAUAUCUCAUCGCUAUAAACAGCUAGACUUACCCAAUCCAUGCUUGGACUUAGUGUGUGACUUCCUGUGUUUGCUGAAUCCUUUUGGAGCCACCUGUGUGUGCCCAGAAGGAAAAUACUUGAUUAAUGGUACUUGCAAUGAUGACAGCCUGUUAGAUGAUUCAUGCAAACUGACUUGUGAAAAUGGAGGAAGAUGCCUUUUAAAUGAGAAGGGUGAUUUGAGGUGUCACUGUUGGCCUAGUUAUUCAGGAGACAGAUGUGAAGUCAAUCACUGUAGCAACUACUGUCAAAAUGGAGGAACUUGUAUGCCAUCAACACUGGGAAGACCCACCUGCAGCUGUGCACUGGGGUUCACUGGACCAAACUGCGGGAAGACCGUCUGUGAGGAUUUCUGUCAAAAUGGAGGAGCCUGCAGUGUCACUGCCGGCAACCAGCCCUCCUGCCACUGCCAGCCUGAGCACACCGGAGACAGAUGCCAGUACUAUGUUUGUCACCACUACUGUGUGAAUUCUGAAUCCUGUACCAUCGGGGAUGAUGGAAGUGUUGAAUGCGUCUGUCCAACACGCUAUGAAGGUCCAAAAUGUGAGGUUGACAAAUGUAUAAGGUGCCAUGGGGGCCACUGCAUUAUAAAUAAAGACAGUGAAGAUAUAUUUUGCAACUGCACUAAUGGAAAGAUUGCCUCUAGCUGUCAGUUAUGUGAUGGCUACUGUUACAAUGGUGGCACAUGCCAGCUGGACCCUGAGACAAAUGUACCUGUGUGUCUAUGCUCCACCAACUGGUCAGGCACACAAUGUGAGAGACCAGCCCCAAAAAGCAGCAAGUCUGAUAAUAUUAACACAAGAAGCAUUGCCAUCAUUGUGCCUCUUGUCCUCCUGGUGACUUUGAUAACAACCUUAGUAAUUGGUUUAGUGCUUUGUAAAAGAAAAAGAAGGACAAAAACUAUUAGAAGACAGCCUAUUAUCAAUGGAGGAAUCAAUGUAGAAAUUGGCAAUCCAUCUUAUAACAUGUAUGAGGUGGAUCAUGAUCACAACGAUGGAGGUCUUUUAGAUCCUGGGUUUAUGGUAGAUGCAACAAAGGCCAGGUACAUAGGGGGAGGGUCCAGCGCUUUCAAGCUUCCACACACAGCGCCGCCCAUCUACCUAAACUCUGAUUUGAAAGGACCACUUACUGCUGGGCCAACAAAUUACUCCAAUCCAGUGUAUGCAAAAUUAUAUAUGGAUGGGCAAAACUGUCGAAACUCCUUAGGAAGUGUUGAUGAAAGGAAAGAACUGCUUCCAAAGAAAAUAGAAAUUGGGAUAAGAGAGACAGUGGCAUAAUCAGCUAUACCUUUUAUAUGCUGUAUAAAUGUAUAAAAUAUAAGGAUGACUUUUGUAUGUUCCAAUAGUAUUUUACUUGUUUUGGCAUCAGCAUUACCUCUUUCUUUAUCUUUUUCCUGGUUAAUUGUUUUCUGAGUUUUCUGGGUUUUGUUUUUUGCUGAUGACUGUUGAUUGACCAUUUGUAUGGUAUUUUUAUGAAAAAGAACUGCACUACAAUACAAUUUACAACAAUGCUGCUGAUAUGAUUCACCUUUGAAUUUGUUAAAAUUAAAAACAACAUAUUCCUUUGUAGUGUGAAUAUGAGCAAUCUAUUUUGUAUGAAGUUUUUGGUUCUACUUAAUCAACAAAGAGAAUCUCUGCACUUUUUCACUGUAUGAUCUGGAAGCUGUAAAACAAUGUCAUUUUAUUUUUCCAUUUAAAUUGAUGGAAGAAUGAUUGAAUGGUCAACUCUCUUCUUUGUGCCCAUUAAGAUUGAUUCAGACUGCUGAAAAUAUCCAGCCCUCACAAGUCCAGCAUCACCUGCUUUAAAAUUAGCCUUAGAUUGCCACAUGAUAGAUGAGAAUUUUGAGGAAAAACUUUUAAAAACAUAUAAAAUUAAUAAUGUGCAUGGAUACAUACGACUACAUUUGCCAAAAUUUAGUGUACUCUAUGUGAUAUACUAAACAUAUACACCCUGUAAACAAUAGUUAUAUUUAGGUGGUAGAACAUAGCAAAAAAUAUAAUCAGAAGCGGAAAAACCACACCUGCUAUGGGAUAAGACCUUUUGUUCUCCCUCAGUCCUGAGGUCAACAGCCAGCAGAGAGCACAACAGGGCAUUGGGUACACAUGCCUUAGGAAGUUCUUCCCAGUCAUGUGCAUUUUGUGGAAGAUUAACCCAACCCCUUACCACACAGAACACUGAACAAUAAUAUAUAAGCACACAAAUUGAAGACAGAAUUUCAAUUAUGUGAAUGCAUUCUCUUUGCUAGGUCAAAAGGAACGGCAAAACAGCCAUUGCCAUGUAGAGUACUUGGGAAAUGUUUUCAAUACACAAUAUGGCUAACCCAUCACUUGCCCUAUUCAAAAUGUAUUCUUAAAGGACUUUCCAAGUUAUAGAAGAAAACUUAUCUACCCCAACUCAAAGGUGGAGAGUAGAAAUGCUGACCAGUUACUCUGGUACUCCGGUUUCUUUGGUUUAUGCACAACACAUGGACCCCAUUCACUCUUUUGUUUGUUUUCAAAUUUUGAUUGAAACAAGUACAAUUUAUUUAAGUUGUAUAAAAAGGAUAGCAUUUUUAUACAGAUAUCUUUAAAGGCACAAAAGAUUUAUUCACAAGGUAUGGAGGGCUUUUUGUUCCUCUGAUAGACAUGACUGACUUUUAGCUGUCAUAAUGUAUUAACCUAACAGAUGAAAUAUGUUUGUGGUUGCUCUUUAUCCCUUUGUACAAGCAUUAAAAAAAACUGCUGUUUUAUAAAGAGACUUUUUGUUGUACUAUGUGCAUGCAUACUACCUAUUUCUAAACUUUGCCAUAUUGAGGCCUUUAUAAACUAUUGAUUUAUGUAAUACUAGUGCAAUUUUGCUUGAACGAUGUUAUGCAUAUCAUAAACUUUUUCAGGUUCUUGUUUAAGUACAUUUUUUAAA